AUGCAGGUCAUACUCUUAACAAAAAUUUGGUCAGAUAAAAAUAUAUUAAGCUCCAGGCAAGCGUUUAUAGAAGGUUGGUCUACUAGUAUUUCCCCACCCUCUGGUAAAGAUAGUAGAUUAAUAAUUUCUCACCUUGGCAGUGAAAAAGGAUUUCUUAGGGACGGUUUGUUGGAAUUUCAAUCCAAAAGCACAAAAGAUUAUCACGAGGAGAUGACAGCUGAUGUUUUCGAAGAGUAUUUUGAGCAGAUGAUUGAACAUAUACCACCAAAUUCAAUUAUAGUAUUAGACAAUGCACCUUAUCAUUCAAGACUAGUAGAAAGACUUCCAACGACUGCGUGGAAGAAACAAGAUGUCCUUGACUGCCUGAGGAAUAAGUCUCUGACUUACGAAGAUGGAAUGGUUAAAGCGGAACUUUUAAAAAUUGCCCGGCAACACAAAUCUAAGUACAAGAAAUAUGUAGUUGACAAAAUGGCGGAAAGGCGAAACAUCACAGUCCUUAGACUUCCACCCUACCACUGUGAAAUAAAUCCAAUUAAACUCAUUUGGGCCCAAAAUGAAAGGUUAUGUGGCUAG